CCCAACCGCUCUCUUCUCCUCCUCAAAAUUAGUACGACCAUUUUUUGAAAGGCCAUUUUUUGUUCAAUCUUAAUUUGAUUUUCUUGUUUUGGGAUUUCAAUCGGGCACUGCUAAACUUCUCUUUGGUCUUCGGAUUGGAAUGAGAGACGGAGGUGUCACAAUGUUCGGAGAUUCAGACAAAUACAUGAUGAUGCAUUCAGAUCCCAAUCUUUCUUCCAUACCCAGUAGCAAGACAAGCGACGAUGAUUUCAUGAUGCGAAAGAGCAGUGCCUCUGCUGUUAGCCCAGCUAUUUUCGACCCCAAUCGUAUGAGCUGCGAGGGUUCACCUAUGACCAUGUCACCCUGGAACCAGACCUGUACUCCUUUUACCAAAACCACAUGGUCCCAAGUGGAGGACACCUUGCCACAAAAUGCACUUAUUGGCUCGCUUGUGAGGGAAGAAGGGCAUAUUUACUCGCUGGCUGCCACCAAAGACCUUCUUUAUACCGGCUCUGAUAGCAAGAACAUUCGAGUCUGGAAGAAUCUCAAGGAGUUCAGUGGGUUCAAAUCCAAUAGCGGGUUGGUAAAGGCCAUAGUUAUUGCCGGUGAAAAGAUAUUUACGGGCCACCAAGACGGAAAAAUUCGAGUAUGGAAAGUGUCUCCCAAGAACCCUAGCGUUCACAAACGAGCAGGGACUUUACCCACCUUGAAGGACAUAUUCAAAAGCUCCAUCAAACCCAGCAACUACAUCGAGGUGAGAAAACACCGUACUGCACUGUGGAUCAAACACUCGGAUGCAGUGUCUUGUUUGAGCCUGAACGGGGAUCAGGGGCUUCUGUACUCAGCUUCAUGGGACAGAACCUUGAAGGUGUGGAGAAUCUCCGACUCUAAAUGCCUCGAGUCUAUUAGCGCACACGAAGACGCCGUCAACUGUGUAGUUUCCAGUACAGAGGGGUUGGUAUUCACAGGAUCAGCUGAUGGUACGGUCAAGGUGUGGAAGAGGGAGCAACAAGGGAAGCACACCAAGCACUCACUUAACCAGACACUACUGAAGCAGGAGUGUGCGGUGACGGCUCUAGCAGUGACGAGCAAUGGUUCGGUGGUGUACUGCGGGUCAAGUGACGGGAUGGUCAACUUCUGGGAACGAGAGAAACAGUUGUCACACGGGGGAGUGCUAACUGGACACAAGCUGGCUGUGCUUUGCCUUGCGGCCGCCGGAAGUAUGUUAUUCAGCGGAUCGGCGGAUAAGACGAUAUGUGUCUGGAGAAAGGAGGGAAACAUACACACUUGUCUUUCAGUUUUGACAGGGCACACUGGACCAGUGAAGUGCUUAGCAGUGGAGGCAGACCCUGGGUCGUCUCAAGGCGAUCAGCGGUGGACGGUGUACAGUGGAAGCCUCGAUAAGUCAGUGAAAGUUUGGAGCGUGGCAGAGUUAGCAAUUGACAUGAAUGCAAUGGCGAUGAUGCAGCAACAACAACAACAGCAGCAGCAGCAGCAGCAAAAUCACUCGGUGAUCUCUGUUGGCGACUCCUUCCAGUCUGUGGGGAGUUUCUCUUCUGCAGGAGGAGCUAGCCAGCACAGAAGGCGCUGAUCUCAGAACUUUGGGGACUCGCAAUUCCUUUGAUAUCGACUACGAAGGUACUAUGAAUGCGUGUCUUAAUCUUGGGUCGUGUAUAACUAAAAAUGUUUAUUUUCUAUAAAAUAAAAACAAGAAAACAAGUUUAUGGUAUGCGACACGUAGUGGGUUUGGGAGUGGAAGAUGAACAUGAUGGUGCAGUAUACUCUGGGUUGAGGGGGGGAAGGGUUGCUGGUACAG